GAGUUGAACGAUUACAUUGAACGAGUACACGAAGAGUUAGAGGAUCUUCACGUACAAUUUGACGCGCUGUCGAAGGAACACAAGGUACAUUGAAAAUGAAUUUAUACUCAGAUCACUGGACUUUCACUUCAAGACACAUUUUAGCAUUGUUGUUUCAGCAACAGCAUAUACUUUAUUUUUAUGUCGACUCGCAAUAAGUUUUCGAGUUUUCCCAAGUCUACCAAGCCAUUUCACUUAUCACGUCUGCUUUAAAAUCAGAGUGGUGAAAUUUUCUUUAUUUUCUAUCUGCCUCUAUCCUUUGUAUCCUCAAAGUUCCUUUCUCCCUGUCAAUAUGUUUCCUUCCCGCAUGGUUUGGUUUUUUGUAAAGAACCAUGUUAGUUUGGUUCUAUGAUUGAUAACGAAAUAUUUCUUUAAAGAUACGACAAAUGCCUUCAGCUUUCAGCUUCUUUCGUUUCCAAAAUCUUCAUACUUUUGCAGCCACCGGAAGUAGAAUUUUCUUGUCCUUGUCUUCCCUUAUCCUCUACGUUUUAUCCAUCGUUUUUGUGUUGUAAAUACGUUAAAGAGUUUACGAUAAAUCCUUUGAAUUUUUAUUUGUUUUUCCUUUUCGUCUGUUGCGUGAUACUUCGUCUGGAAAACAAAUCAACAAAAGGUAGUUCGGUGUAAUGAAAACUAAAGGUCAAAAUUGUUUAGACUUUUAAGAGGCUUUUUUUUCUCUUGGAUUUUCAGGAUUUAUCAGGAAGAUUAGCUGAAAUACAGUCAGGUCAAUUGUCCACAGAAUCGCUCCAUUACCAGCAGCUUUCUGAGCUACAAGAAAUCAACAGCGGAUUACAGCAGGUGAGUCACGCAACAUUGUCUUAUGUCACGCACUUUUGAAGGGUUACGUGACGAAAACGAUCCACAUUUUACAUUGUUCUACGCCAUUGACAUUUUUCUGCUUGCGGUUAAGGUUAUCAUCUAAAAUAGGUAGUUUUGAACAGACUAGAACUUCAGUAUAUGUGAUUAGAAUUGAUCAAUGUUUUGACAUGUCAUACUCUAAGUACAGAGUUUAACUCUUCAAUUCCCAAGAGUUACCCGCCUUUAAUUUCUCAUUUCAGUUAUACUGCUAAAUCAUUCACUAAGAUCAUGAGAAUAAAGAAAAUCAUGGCCAUCGUAAAAUGCUUUGAUUGUUAGACAAAUUCUCCCUGUCAGUACCAAAGCAAAUUUAGACAGAAGAGUAUUGAGAAUGUAGAUAAUAGUGUAAGGGGAUGUAAAGGGUUAAUGAGGUAUUCGCAGCAGCAUCUUUUAAAAUCCAAGCUUAUUUAGCCUUCGAAAACAAAUUUCUUUACACUAUAGAUUUUUGUCCUGACUCAGAGAGUUUUAUAACAUAGCUAGUAACUUUGUCUAAUCAAAUUCAAUUGCGCGAACGUGCUUCAUAUUCCUAUUGUGCACGUUCGUGACGUCAGCUACGCCUCGAGCAACUCUUACGCAUCUUUCGUGCUCUCCAAACUUCCCGCGUGCUUCAUAUCUCGAUGAACGCACGCUGACAUAUGAACCAAUUGUUAAUUAAAAUUGAUCUUUUCCCCUUUUUAGGAUAAUCAAAACUUGAAGGAAACUGUCCACACGCUGAACACGUCUUUUGAAGAAAAAGGGAGUGAACUAACUGAGGCUUUAUGUGAACUCGAAGAAAAUAAAAAAGAAUUGGAAAAACUCAACCCAGAAGUUAGCGCACUGAGAGAAACGCUUGCUUUGAAGGAUAACGAACUUACAGAGUUGAAAUUGCGAUUGAAUGAUUUUAAUCUGGAAAAGGAGACCAUGGGUGAGUCUGUUGGAGAACUUAGUGAGAAGAUACAAAGGCUUAAACAGCGAAAAGGAAGCGCUAGCCACAACCAUCGAAAAAUUGAACAAUACUGUGCAGGAGAAAGAUGCCCAGAUAGUAGAGUUAUCAACGAGUCUCGACCAAAACAAGAAUGAGUUGGAAACUGUUAACGAAAGUUUCCGCAGUGUUUCAGAGAAACUCGGAAGCAAAGAAGAAGAGUUUAAGAAAGCUGUGAAGGCUGUGAAACAGCUAAAGCAGAACUUACAGAAAUCGCAAGAAAAAGUAAAGGGGUUGAAUAACGAGCUGGAAGAGCGGAAGAAAUGCAGUGAUGGAUUAGCAAAACAAACAGAGGAAUUUGUGGCUCUCAAUUCAAGUUUUGAGGAACUGAACGAAAGCCUUCAGUCGAAGGAGACGGAAAUCAAUGACUGCAGGGAAAAUCUCAGAAGGAAGGAAAAAGAAUUGGAGAAUUUCCAAGAGUUUGUUGACAGUUUGAAUGCAAAACUCGAACAAACCACCAUGGAAUUAGCGAGCUCUAAGGAAUUGAAUGUUACACUUUCCGAAGAAGUGCAAAGUUUGAAAUUGCAGGUAAAAAAUCUCGAAUCGAGUUUGCAGGAUAAAGAGAAGGAUAAAAAUGAAUACGAGCUGAAAUUACAAGAACAUUUACGAGUCGAAGAGGAUUUGAGGUUGAAAGUAAGUUCGUUGGAAGAACAGAUCAUUUCAAACAAAGAGGAGAAAGUGGACGUUGAGAAGACUUGUCAACUGAACAAUGAAACGAUUGUUGCUCUUAAACAAGAUUUGCAGAUGCAAGAGAAUAAUCUUAUGGAUUUUAACGAAAAAACCGCUUCCAAGGAUAACGAAAUCAGGGCAUUACAGGAGUGCAACGAGAAACUCACGCAAUCCGUUUUGGAAAGGGAACAAGAAAGCGAGAAACUUAGGUCAGAAAAUAAAGAGUUGUGUGAGAAGAUAGAAUUUCUCAACGAAAAUCUUUCCUCAAAGGAGGAGAUUGAGAGAAAGUUAAAGAAAAAGAUGGAUGCAUUUGAAAAGCAAACUGCUUCUGUAGAUAAAGAAUUUCUGCUAAAGGAGGAGGAAUUGCAACAAUUGAAAUCGUUGAUCGAGGAAAAAGAGCAUUGCCUUGCCGAUGUGGAAUCAAAACUGGAAACACAGCUGUUGAAAAUAAGCGAACUUGAAAAUGAACUUAGCGUUAAAAAUGAGGCAAUUGAUCGGAGAGAGGGAGAAAUUCAGAAAUAUCAAAUGGUCUAUGAGGAAAGUACGAGCAAAAUCUUGUCCCUUGAGUCUAGUGUUCAGACAUUGAAUGCAGAACUCGAAGGGAAGGCUUUGGAAAUAAAAAAUCUUCAGGUUCAACUGAGCGAGAAGCAAACUGAAGUCGAGAAGGUGCAAAACGCUAUUACGCGCAUGAGCAGCGAGAUGGAAUCUGGAGCUGAAGAGGCUUGUCAGGUUACGAAUAGGAUAGAAGAACUUCAGAAGGAAUUAAAAACCACCGUAGAGGCUCGUGGUAUGUUAUCAAAGCUUGAUAUCCAUAUGAUCAACUGGAUCAUCUUGAUUGCCUUAUGCAGGAAGAUUGAGACCAGAGAAGUUUUCAACUGAGUGUCAAAAAAGCAAAACCAAAGUAAUCGCAGCGACCAAUCAGAACAAGGUUUAUAUUAUCAUCAGCCAGUGAGAAAGCAAAAUGAAAACAAGCAAACUACUUGAAGCGCGGGAAAACGGGAAUGAUCAAGUCGCGAUGGUUUUUAGUUUGCUCCUUAUUAGUUGAGAAGAUGGUGCGAGUUUUGUGGACCGAUCACAAAGCGAAGUUAAGUGAAAGCAAAGCAAUCCCACAUUACUUUAGACACUCAAUUGAAAGUUGUUCUCUAUGGGGCGAUUUUAUGUUAACCAUGUUUGUGCACAAAGUUUUAUCCGGAUGAUUUCGGACGUAUCGGUCGUUCGGGCCAUCCGAAAUCGUUCCGAUUGCUUGCAAACUUUUUGAGAGUAUCCAGACGAUUCGAGCAAUCGUACGGAAAACUCAUGGCUUAAUUUGGGGCAAAUUUUUUGGUACAGUUUAUUUUUUAGGUCAAUGCCCAGCUUUGUAAUUCUUCUUUGUUUUGUAGAAACACUAGCGCGCGAGAAUAAGGAAAAAGAUGAUAAGUUGAACAAACUGAAGCAAGUCGCCAUCAAAGCCAAAAAAGAACUGGAGAAUUACAAGAAGCAGGUUUGGAUCUCAGCGCAGUUUUAUUUUACAUUCGCUUUCUAGUAGCAGACAGAAAAUUCCACCUUUUCUCUCGCUUAUCGCUUAUUAUUAUCUUAUUAUUAUUAACUGCGUCAACAUCUUGUCAUCCUUGAAAUCAGUCGAGCAAAGUCAGGCGAGAUUCACUCUCUGACUCCUAAGGGUGAAAACGCACAUAAUUUUUCCAUCCAAUUUCAUUCUUGAAUCAAACGUUAAAGUAACGACAAUAAGGUAAAGACAUCACCAACUUAAGAAGCUCUUGAUCGUUAAACAUAUUCUCCUUUUCGUCAUUUAAGGAAAUGCAUGGAGAACAGUCUGGAGAAUCUGCAUACUGAUGUUAAGGUGUAAAGGGUUAGCUCAACAACCACGUGCUUGUUGAUGUUUUUUUUUCUUUUUGCGUUCGUUUAGUGGAAGGACGAAAAAGACGAACUGACCUCCACAAUAGAAGAUCUGAAAGAAGACGCGCAGACGUUGAACGCCAAGUUUGUUGAGCAGCAAGAAGAAACGCUCAAGCAAACUAACGAAUAUCAGGUAAACACGAAAAAUAGAAGAGAAACCAGUUUUAAAGUCAUUAUCUAAGUUAAGAGGCUUUUCUUUGGUCAAAAAAUUUUAUAUCCAGAGAACCGUGUCUUUUAUCUGCCUUAAAUAUUAAUUAUUUAGAGCCAGUCUUUACUUUUUGGCCUGGGAAGAGGGAGAGAAUUGGGUCACAUAGUUUUCAGGGGAACAGAGGGGGACAUUAGAAAACUGACUGCCAAUUAACUGCCAAUAAGGGAUCAUAGGAACAUUACAGAACCAUAGGGGGAGGGAGAUAAUGUAACACAACCAAAAUUCCCCGACUCCCGACUCCCGACUCCCCCCCCCCCCCCCCCCUGGGCGAUGAACAAUGACCGGUCCCUAAUUCGAUGAUUGGUAUCUUCAAAAUGAUUGACAUAUUGUUAUGCAACUUGCACUUCAGGAACUGCAAAACCAGCUAACUAAAGUUCAAGAGGAACUGGAAACAGAAAAAUCCAAGUAAGUGGACCCAUCCUCAAUUCUCGUUUGUCCUUAGAACAGUCUAUGUAUCGAAGUGUCAAAAACUUCAUUACCGAGCUGAUAAGUGUAGUUUUUCGAGAGAGAGUGAGAGUCAAAGCUAGCUUAAAUCAGCAAUUCCCAGACUUAGUACAGCGUUGAACCCUUUUGUUGACAAAUUCUUAAUAUCAAUUUCGUACUAUUUACCUUACAUACGUUUAGUUCUGAGAAUUUUGUUUUAAAAUCAAACAAAUAUCUCGUAAUGGAUCGUUUUCUUUCUUCUCAUUACUUUUCCGCUAUAAAAAUGUACUUAUGUUGUUAGGAGGAGUCCCGUUCUGUAACCUCUGAGGUUUUAAGUAACGUAAUUCCUUAUGUUUUAUGCCAAUUUACGCCACCUACUCCCCUGAUGCAGCAAAAUUGUCUUGCCGAUAAUUUUCCUAGUAACUUCGAGCUUUUCCACCAACUUAGCUUCGGAAAAAGCUCGUUAACAUAAGUAAUAAAAAAUGGACUAUUGUGUAAUGCUUAGCCCUUUACACCCUAACAUCAGCAUCAAUAUUCCCCAUACUCUUCUCUAUGCCUUUCCUUUGGUACUGACAAGGAGAAUUUGUAUAAUGAUCAAAGCUUCUAAGGUUGGCGAUCAUUUCCUUUAUUCUCAUGAUCUUAAUGAAUGAUUCAGUUGUAUUACGGUGAGGAGAAAUUAGAUGCUGGUCUCUCCUGGGGUUUAAAUGGUUAAUGUGAAAAUUUGAGCCCAAAGAAGACAACAUUUAUUAAUACGUUGUCAACUUAAAUACAGGACGGCUGGCUCAUCCGAUAACAUGACGCAGGUUGUGCAGGAACUGGCUAAUGUUCGCCUAGAGGCCGAAAAACUGUCAGCUGAGAAUGAAAGUUUGAACAAAAAUUAUGAAUCGCUGCUUAAGGUGAGUUCUUUUCGGGAGUGUUCCACGGGAUCUUUAGCCUUCUCACUUUUCCAAGUAUGGGUUCAAUUUGGUUGUCAAUUUUGCAGGUUGUGGAGAGGGAACGUACCGAUUCCAAAGCAGAACAAGAAAAGCUUAACACUCAAAUUCAGGAGUGUCUUAGAGAAGCUGAGGUGAUUAUGAUUUUGUUGAUCGACCCGUGACCGUGUAUUCUUUUUGUUAUCCGAUUGGUUGGAAAUCUGUAAGCUUAUAGCGAGUGCUAGUAUCAGCGCAUUCAUAUAAUCUUGUCGAUUUCUCCCCCGCAGUUGUUAAAGACUGAAAGCAGUAAAAGUAAACAAGAAAUGUCUGACCUCGAAAAGAAGCUCAGUAAUGCCUCUAAGGAGUUGGAACAAGUCAAUAAAGAGAACUCAGAGGUUUGUUUAAUUUUAAAAGUGUUUUGAUUGUCAGGUCUCUGCAUACGGUAAUCGAAAUAGGUACGCAAUGCGUGUAAACUGGAUUUCACUGUUUUGUGCUUUACCACUUUGUAAAUUUGUUUGUUUUCCAGGUUUUAAGUAAAUUGGAGAAUACUGAUGAAGCUUUAACGGAAGAACGGAGACGGCACGAGGAGACAAAAAAUCAACUGGAAACAACUAAACGACAAUUGGAGGCUGCAGAAAAGGUGUGAAGUUGUGUGAAUAUUAACCUUUAGUAAUUCUCCUUACUGUCUGUCAUAUAGUUCUUGUGAUAUUAGUUUGAAGAAUUUGGCAUUGGAUCAACUAAUGAUCCCCUAAUUAAUAUUUUUCUUGAUUCUCAUCACUUGUCUUCUUGAUAUUGUAUUGAUGUUGUAAGGAGAAAUUCUGUUUUGGUCACUGCUGGGAGUUAAAGGGUUAAUAAGUAACAUGUUCCUGAGAUAUCUAUGAAACUACAAGGAACAAAGGGAUAGGAAAAAAGUACUUAAUCAACAUGAAAAUAUCGAAAAUUUUCUCCUAAAAUGAGGCAAAAACCGAAGGAAAAAUAAGUUUCGAAUCACUGCUCAACAUCCCUAUAUUUCUAAGUUACCUAAAGAAACAAAAAGGAUUUAAUUGUAAUUAGCAGAAAGUACAUUUUGAACUCGGUAGUAGAACAACAGAAAGAUGUUAUUCUUUUGGUCAAGAGCUUGGGACAAAGGAAAAGACCAGAGCCUCCAUAAUAAAUUAAAAUGAAAACCUUUGGAUUCUGCGCUACGAUGCGUAACCGGUGAAAUAAAGAACUCUAUGGUGAGAUAGGUCAUUUCAAUAAUCAACGUCAAAAUGAGUUGACACAUCAUGUUUGAAGAGUCCUAUUUAUGUGUAGAAUAACACUCCUGUUUAUACCGCACUCCAAAUCAUUGACUAAACCCCCUUUCCCUAUUCAAUGUUGUUGUAUGUAUUCAAUGUAUGUCGCUAAGAGUUCAUGGAAUCACGAUACAACAUUGUUUUUGGGAGGAGGGGUGAAUAGGUUAAGUUAACAAGGGUAAAAGAGAUAAUUUGAAAAAUUUGGAGAUUGAAAACGUCAAUGUGUCAACAAUUUUGUCGCCGAUUGUUGGUUCAUAUGUCUAUACUAGUAUACAUAUAUUAUUAUUUCUAUAAUUCUUCAAAUUAAUUCAUUGGUUUGCCUUCCCUAGGAUUACUGAGUUGUAGAGUCAGGUUUCCCUCGUUUAUUCCUGAACUAUUUUUUGUUAAAAAAUGCAGGAAGCCAAUCAGAGCAGCCUGAUGAGCUUAGAGAUGGAGGACUAUCAGAAAUCCCUGGAAGCGCUGCAGAACAAACUCUCCGAAAAAGAAAAGGCUUUACAAGACUCACUGGAGGAAGUUUCUCGAGUGGAUAAAAGAGCAGAUGACUUUAAAACUCAGAUCGGUGAGUGAAAGGAAAAAAAAACUGAUUUAGAUGAACAGCUAGCUGAAACACGCCAUUCCAAGACACCUUAAUCUUUUAACUUCCAAGAUCUGAUUGUUAAGUCUCCCCUAUAGCUGCUACACAUUUCCUUGUAAGUAAGUUAUGAAAAUCUGGUGUUAGAUCACGAUAGUAAAUUUUACCUGAUACGUUUUACAAUUCUCACUACCUCUCUGCCGGGUAAUGUAUGCAUAUUAUAGGGAGAAGUUUCAUGUUAAUCACUUUUGCGAGGUAAGGGUUAAGUUAUUUGCUUGGCUAGAUUUGACCUUGUCUUCCCUCUUCCACUUGCUGUCUUAAUGCUCCGUCAUAGCGUAGGAUUCUACACCACUUCAUAUCAAUGAACUUUUGUGUUGGUUGCAGACAUGGUCGACAAUCAACGGCAACAAGCCGAGGAGAGAGCCCUGAAAAUGAAAGGCAUGCUGGUGAAAACGAAGAAAGAGCUUGCAGAGGCCAAAAAGCAGGUGAGAAUACUUCCCAAGGCCUUGGAAAGGAUGUAAUUUUGUUCCCUUGUUCCUACUUUUCGUUAACGCUCGGUCGAACGCCUUGUUUCCAAUAAGGUUCCCCUAUAGCGCUUCGAGCUGCCAAGGAGCCCCCAACCCCCUCUUAAAUAAGCCCUCUCCCCUCCCCGUUCCCCCGAAAAAGGAAGUUUUGAUUAAAAAUGCAGGUCAAGGUAGUAAUGGUAUGGUAAUACUAGUUGACGUUAAAAUAUACUUUUCUUGAACGUCUCUCCUAGUUUCCGCUUAAAAUCUGCUGGUUUUCCAACAAAGGAAACGAUUUUUUAAUGUGCGAUUACCCCUACCUACAGACAUUAGCACGACCUGGUGUAGCGUUACUUAUUCCAGAAUAAUGUGACGUGACGCUGCCUUGCGUGACACAGCUUAUUGUAAUAAAUUCCAGGUAUGGACAGCGUAGGCAACAUUCGCACACUUUAAAUGAGUUCACCAAUUGUAACCUUUAAAUUGUAGAUUGUAGAACAAGAGGUGAUUGAGUCACAAUUGAAAGGACAGUUGGAAUCCGCUACUCAGGAGGCAGAGCAAUACAAGGUUAAAAAAAAAACUACGUGAAUUUCACUUUGGUAAAAGAUUUAAGCAAUUCAUGUGUUGGGGUUCGUGGAACAUCCAAAAGGUCCUGGAAUUAAAUAGUAUCAUUUUCCUGGCCUAGAAAGUCAGGGAAUUUGAUUACAAUAAUUGUUGGAAUGGAAAAUGAGUAAAUAUGGUAUUUUUGAGAACAUCUAAAAAAAAAAAACUGAUUCAUUUCAUGAGUGUCACCAUACUAUUCUGGAAGCAAUUUCUUGGUUGUAGAUCAUGUUAAAAAUCAGAAAAGUCCUCGAAAAGGGCUGGGAAAGUUAUGGAAUUUUUUGUAUUUGGAGAUGGAGUGAAUCCGGCUUACUUUUUGCGAGUGAUAUAUAGUACAUGAUAUAUAUAUAGUACAUUAUAUAUUUAAUGUAUUAUCGUUUUUAAUUUGCGUGAUUUUACAGGUUGAAUUGUCCUCUCUUACGGCCGAAAGCCAAAGCUACCAAGAGCAAGUAAGUGUACCUUUUAAAGGUAAAGAAGAACAGAAAUUGUUAGUAAACAGGAAAGGAAAACAGAUAGAAAAAACGAAAAUUUAAAGCAUAAUUUGCUCGUCAAAUAAGCUCAGAAAUCAAUGUUAUUUUUUUCCACAGCUUCGUUCUUCAACGGAUAGCAACAGGCGAGCUGUGGAAACUUUGGAAGGUAAAUUGUCCAAAGUGAAAGCAGAGUGGGAGAGUUCCAAACUGGCCCACGAAGCCACGCGGGCUGAGUUUGAAAGUUACAAGGUAAGUAGUUGACAUAGUUGAUCGAGAAGUUAUGAAUGCCUUGUGAUCGGUGGUCGUUUGAAAUAAAACAAUAGUAAUUGUAACGGAUGAUCAGAACAAUUGAAAUAUCACAAAAAGCCGAUGAGAAGUGUAAGUAAAAACGAGCAUACUGCUCGGAGCACAGGAAAACGCGAGUGACCAGCUGGUUCGUGCAUUUGUCAUGUUGUCAAAACUAAAGUAACUGCAACGGGAGAUGGUAAGAGAGGUAGAUAUUCCGAGAGAUCAGCUACAACUCCGAGCGCAGGAAAGCGCGAGUGCGCAAUUUUUGUGUAUGUUUUUCAUAAUAUCAAAACUAAAGUGAUUGCAAUGGCAAAUGAGGAGAUGAUGUAGAUAAAAGCAAAACUGGUCAGAACUCGAAACGCAGGAAAACGCGAGUGGCUAAAGCCGUAGUUUGCCCUUGAUUAGCAGGUUUUUAGAUCAAUUACGGGGUGGAGCAAUUAGGAAAAAAAACCACGCUAUCCCCACAUUCUCUGUUUUAAUUAAAAGAAUUUUAUCUAUAUUUUUUGUUAUCCACAGUUAAAGUUUUGGUACGCUUUCUUGUUUUUCCGUUGCAGACUCGUGUUCACAGUGUCCUUAAACAGCAGAAAACCAAACCUGCACCCCAGCCUCCUGAACUUGAGAACUCUGAGAGGUGUGUGUCAAACUUUGUUUGGAUUAAUGAUAAUAUAUGACCAACAGCACACCUACCCCUCCCCUAAUCCAACAACAGUCAACUGAUGACAAGAUAGGGUUGAUGUUGGGUCAGGGGAGAGGUAGGUGCGCAGUUGUACAGAUAUUGACAUGGAUAUCUUUUUUUCAGUAUUCUAGUAUUUUUCAGUUCAAUUCACUUUCCCCAUUUGAUUUUCAGGACUCGUUUAGAACAAGGCAUUGAACAGUUGAAAAGCAAGUUGCAGGAAGCCAAGUAAGGGAGAGAUGCAGCCAGGCCUGGCCCUGUGUGUUAUGUUUUUGACUCACAUUAUUUCAUUUUACAUCUGUUUGGAUUAUUUAAACUCAAUUGAUCAUGCUCGUUUUUCCUGUUGCUCCUCAAGCGACAAAUAUAGUAUGCUCCAAAGCGAAUAUGACGAACUGGAAGGCGAGCACGAGCGACUAACGGCUCGACACAGCAAGUUGAUACAAGAUAUAGAUAACAAAGAGGCCCAUUGGAAAGAUAGGUAAGUGGUGCAUUGCACAUGAAACACACGAGUGAUAGUUUAGUUGUUACUUCUCCUUUGGCUUUUUUGAUAUUCCUGUGACCCAAGAGAAUCCUAUAACUCGAUUGGGGGCUGACAGUCUGACAACCAGUACUAACGCCCUUAUCGAGCUAUACUAAAGUACUUCAAAAUUUUACUAUAGUUGAAAAACAGUGCUCAGUGGAGCCGGAAAAAAGGGAAUCGCGAAGUACAGUUAAAACAUCUUUACUGUCCUAUGUUCGCGAUAAACAAAACUUAUCUUUACCUGCAAGUGUUUCCCUGUUCGGAACACUGAUGAAUAACGUUUUUUAUGAUCUGGGUAAUGCAACUUGUUUAGAGUGACACCAUCCAGCAGUGGUUGUUAACUGAUGAUUUUUUCGUUUCGUAAUCGUACAGGUUUGAACGGCUGAAGUCUGAGCGAAGCAACACAAACGAGGAGCAUCUGGCUGCGAUAAGACACAUGACCCUCCAGAACGAGUCUGUCGCCGCCACAUUCAAGGUUUGUUUUAACCCUGAAUCCCUUAGAGUGAGUAGUAUUUAGUUUCUCCUCACAAUAUCACCCCUGAUUACUUAGUAAGGCCACGAGAAUAAAAGAAAUGAUCACCAACUUAAGAAGCUGUCGAUUGUUAAACAAAGUCUCCUUCUAAGCACCUAAGGAAAUUUAUAAAGAACAGUAUGAAGAAUAUACAUACCGAUGUUAGGGUGUAAAGGAUUUAGAAGAAAACCAGGCGUGACGUGCACUCUGACAUUUUAAAAUUUGUAAGCUCACUUAUAUUUAGUAUGCACGACAAACGCGUAGUGGUACUGCCUUACCGUUUCGUGGUGUUCUGGCCGAUUAUUUUUCGGAGACUUUUUUUUGAUAACAUUGUUUGAGACUACGAACGCACGAUGCUUUGUUUUGCUCUACAUUGCAUUGCUGAGUAAUCUCGAGAUUACACUUUGCUUAUCAUGUGCUGCCGACAGAGCAUAGGUAGCCAGGGUAGCCUGUAUAGACAGGUUAGGUUUUUCAAGCCAGCAGUCAAGAUAACUAAGACAUAUUCACAAUUAAGAUUACUCUACCUUUUAAGUGCUAUUUUUAUUAGGUGGUUAAGAGCUCAAUUCUAAUGUCAGCUUGUAGUCGAGAGGAACAUUGUGCUAUGAAGCGGUUUUGUGGUGAUAGUAUGCCGUGGUUUUAAGAAAGUCUUUUUGUGUUGAGGUCUUUUAUUUUCCAUGCGAAAGUUUGGAAGUUCUAGUAGAAAUUCCAAGAAGUUCGUUUUUUUUUUAAUUCAACUGUCUAAUCAGGAGUCUAGUACGAUAAUUUUCUCGGAAGAGGCUUAUCCGAAACGAUGCUUUUGAUGGAAUUAAUGUCGGGUGUCGAACUGCUUGUCUAAUAUUAUUUUUUUUCCGCUUCGAAGGAAAAACUUGAAGUUAUCGAAGGAGAACAUCGAGCCCAGUUAGCAAGCGUGCAGCAGAAAUUGACUGAAGCUGAGAGCAAGUUAAGCAGGUUACAACAGGAAAAACAACAACAGUCCCAGCAGUCAAUUGUGAGGUCUCGCUCACCACCAGACCUCGCGCUGCAAAGGGCAACGGAGGAGCGGCGGCCUGGGGAGGUGGGUGUGAUGAUUUUGUUGUCUGAGUGUCUAUGCCUUUUCAAAAUAAAUUAUUGAUUGAUUUUGCCCUACUCCUCUGUACAGGGCAUGGACCAGAGUGAGUUGGCAGAAACCGACUCAGCGCCAAGGGUGAGUGCGCUUUGAAAGAUGUGUUGCUCCGUUUGCCAUUUCUUGACAGAAAAACUUUAUUUUGAAAGAGCAAAUUGUCUUAGCCACAAGACUACGGUAAAUUAUAUACGAAUCUUUUCAAAAUAAACUUCUUAGAGUACAAUUUAAUCUCCUGAAACUUUCUACAAAUUCCUGGACAAUUCUCCGUGCUCAAAAACGCACGUCGGUUACAUGAUUAGGUAAAAAGGGACAUGCCAAGGUAAAUUCUUCACAUUUUAUACAAUUAAAUUGUCCAUGAAAAAAGAAAAGAAAAUCUGUUGCGCAAGUUGGACACAGCAUCACUCAGCCAAGUUUGACCCAUUGUUGUGAGACGUAGUGUGAUGUGUGUGAAUAAAAAGAAGGCUUUUAAUUUUUUCUAGGUCAAUUCUACUCCUACCACUCCAGUGACACCGACCAUCGCCUCAACUCUUGAGAAGAUCCUUUCUCCAACGUCUCCGACUACUCCUACUUCUCCAAGAGAUGAAGGUGGGUACUAAAAACUCAAAACUUUUGUGCACACAAAUAUGUUGGAAAUCUGCGUUUAAAAGAUCAAAACUAAUGAUUUUUAUUCUUGUGGCUCUUUUUUUUUCAUUUUAGCACUGAGAGGUCCUCCCCUGGACGAAAAUCUGCUACUCUCGAACAUUACAACUGCCAACAAGAAAGUGGAACAUCUGACCGAGGUAACACAGUGUUUAUUGAGAUCUUGUUUGGUUCGUAUUGUACUCUGAAUUACCACUAGAAUGGUUGUGUUGGGAAACAUCCUAUCAUGUUUUUGAAAUCGAAGAUAGUUUAACCCGUUAACCCAUCUAGAAAACGCUACUGUCUUUGAUGGAAAAGCAUUCGACAGUGGUGAAGCAGGGGAUAUCGGAGGGGGGUUGAUCAAAAAUGAAUUACCUGCCUUUACUUCCAUAUUUGCGCCGUUUGUGUUGAUUGUGAUGUCAUCCUUUUUAAUCAGUCCACUCGAACACAGCUUAAGAGCAUCCGCAGUAUUGUGCACUUUGCAGAAUGUUUUUAUAAGAUGCAGUUUCGCUGACUGUUUUCACUGGAUAUGUGUGGACAGAAAGCCAAUGAGGAACGAACCUCCGUUUUCAAGAAUAGUUCUACUCCGAAUAGUAUUCUACGAGAUAAGGAAAACUGGGAAUGGUCCCUAUUCUUUCGAUGUAUUUUGUAAUUUGUCCUCUUCAGUCAUCUCAAUUUCUUAUUCAAGAUGUUCUGCUGGGACAGCGGUCAAUGCUAACGUGUUGGUGACGAAUUGUCCUGAACAUCCUGUUAAGAAUGAAAUUCAGAGUCUAAUUUUUUUCUUCAGUUAUUGCGUGAGAGUGAAGCGAAUUCCAUGAGACUGUCAGAGCAGGCGAAGGUGUUAAAGGAAGAGAUAAGAAGGUAUUUAAAUAAACCAUUAGAGUCCGAGUGUUUAAGUUGAAUUGCGGUGAAGACUUUUGUUUCACUUCUUUUCAUUAGCUCAUAUGCCAUACCGUUAUAACUUUCUUGCCUCAAACCAGCAUGUUAGAUACUGAAAAAUACAACGAUCCAAAUCAAAUUCGACCUGGAAUUAGUGGACAACGAAGCGUGAGGUGGAUGGUGAAUGUAACCUUGCUACUUUCCUCUCCCUCUCCUCCCUCUCGUUAUAGUUAUUGUCUUUGUCAUUACUUAUGAAUUCAUUACUUUUAAUUCUGUUUUUAAGACUCGAAAGAAACCAGGAGCGAGAGAAAGAGUCUGCAAACUUAGAGUAUAUGAAGAAUGUCAUAUUACAGUUUCUUAAGUGUCGUCCGAAUGAACGGGAACACUUAGUUCCAGUCCUCACCACCAUGUUGAAGCUCAGUCAGGACGAGAAGGAAUUGAUAGUUCAACUCGCGCGAGGUAUGAUGUGGAUACAUGAAGUCACUUUAAAAAUGAAUUUAUACCAAAGCUUUUGCAUCUCCAAAUCAGGCUCGUCCGCAUCACAUAUACGGUUUACAAUGCACACGUUUUACGACCUACGACCUGUUUCAUUCUUGACCGUGCCUUCAUACGACAAGGGUUGAAACACGGAAGCAAAGCUAGUUCUUUGUUUGAACCCGUAAAAAUAACUGAUGCUGUUUUCAAUCGUCGUUUUUUUUCUGAGAGCGACAAGUCACACUUUGCACCGAACAAUCAGAAGCCGAAAUGCGAGGAAGGUUACCCUUUCACUCCCUAGAUCUCAGUAGUAAUUCUCCUUUAUGUCUGCCGUGCUAUUCUUCUGCUGUUAGUUUGGAGAAUUUGGCUGUGAAUCUACUAAUAAUCUAAUUGAUAUUUUACUCUAUUCUCACCACUUGUCUCCUUGAUAUUAAAUAUAUAUAUUGUAAAGAGAAAUUCUGUUUGGUCACGCAUGGAAGUUAAAGGUUUAAUCCUUCUCGCUCCGUGACUUCAAGUGCUUUUUUCUGUAGGAGCUGAAAAUGAACCAGGCGAGGAAGGAGGAGGUUGGAGCAGUUACGUCUACCGCUGGACAUCUUUUACGUAACAAAAUUGUGCUGAGGGUGAGAGUAACCAGAGGGUGAAAUACUUAAAGUUGUGUUAACAAAAUGUUACCCUCAAUUUAAGGGUAUGUCGUUUUAUGAAGAAAAAAAAAAAAAAAUCCUUAUAGCUCUGAAAAUAGUAUUUCGGAUUUGAAUGAAAUGAGAAUAUAGGAGAGGUAGAAAAGGUGUGGUUUUCUUUCAAUCAGAGUAGUCCUUUGCAUUGGUAUACCGUGCACAUAGUAUUUGUUUUCAAUUUCUGUUUUUCUAGCCUUCUUGUCUUAUUGGUUGAAAUGAAAAAAAAGAAAAAAAACAUGCGCUGGCAACUCAGCCAAUCGGGUGCAAGUGAAAAAUUAAUCAGAUAAUUAUCACGUGAGGUACCUUUCCUCGGUUUUUGUUGCAACGAUAUACGGUAGAUCACCUAAAAGCAAUGAACAGAGCUUUAUUUUCAUGAAAAAUUCUAUCUCGGCUUCUAUUAAAUGUAAUUGCGCCGAGAAAUUCUUUAUUUGAUUAAGAUGAUAAAGAUGAUAAAUUUAUUAAGGCGUGGAUAAUGUAACCAUAUUUUUACAAAUUAAAUGCAACAGUUUGAACGAGGUCGUGAAAACAAGAUAAAGCGUGUAAAGAUCGGGAAAUAUUAUUCAGAUUUAACUCAAGAUCGUUAGGCAUUCAUUAGUCCUAAUUUUCCUUCCUUGUUAAGGAAUUCAGGAUGUCUCCUUCCGAUGCAUGUAUUUAUUGACACGAGAUAAAUUUUCCGACAAAAAUGAGUCAAAUAUUUCAUAGAAGAAAUAAGUAACUUUGAUACUAUCUGGCCACGGCCGAGAUUUCAGUUUAUUCUUCUUAACAAAGUUUUUGGAUCCGUGUACCUUUUCAUAUUAUUAUGGCUGACGGAAAAGUUGAAAUAGAAUGGUAGAUGAAGUGCAACUCAAAGCUAUUUUUCCAGAAAAUUUGUUAAUUUUAUCACUGAGGUUAUUCCCCUAUUCCUACAGUCAGAUUAUUUGUUUGAUUGCAUUUAUAUAAUUUAGAAUAUUAACUGACGCAAAGUAGAGUUGAAGUUUCCUCUGCUUCAGUUCAAUUUUGGAUACUACGUCACAAAUGUUAUUUAUAAUUGUAAAUAACAAUGUGAAAUAUUAAAAAAAUUUAAAUUUUAAUAGUGGAUGGUACAUCAAUCAAUAUCAAUUACAAAAUGAAUUUCGAUUAAAAUGCAAAAUUUUUCGGUGUCGACCAUCGAUGUUAUUUAUUGUCCAAUGAUAUAAUGUAGAGACUAGUUUGGUAAAUAAAGUCGUCC